CUACCUUGGACAUAUAACUCCAUAUACAACUAUCAAAGAACCAAUUCACCUCGAUCCACCUCAAUCACCAAUCUACAAUCAAUCAAAAUGCCUUUCGAAGCUCAACAACCCCAAGCUCAACAAAUGGAGAUGUCCACUACCAAUGGUCCCAUCACCGAACAACCUCGUCAAAAUGAGGGAAUGAGCGCCGAUGUAUCUAUGCGUGGUGGUGGUGGAUGCUGCGAAGCAUGUCUCGCCUGCUGUCUCCUCGAGGAAGUCUGCGCAUGUUUGAUUUGCGAGGAGUGCUGUUGUUAAACGCUUUCCGUAAGGAUAUACACGGAGAGAUACAUACAUACAUACAUACAUGUAUAUCUAAGAUAUAGACGGCACCCACGAUGUGAUGGAGAGGAGAUAAUUGAUACCCGGUGGUUCGUGGGCGUGGAUUGCGAUGGAGAUAUAGAUAUAGAUAUGAAUGUGAAAGUGGAUGGGAUGAGAUGGGAAACUAUGAAUUUCGAUGUCUUUACGCGGAUGAUGAAUUUGGGUGGAUGGAUGGAUGGAUGCGAUUGGUAUGAUGAAGGAAGGAAGGAUUUUGCUACCUAGGUAUGCGGGAUGAG